ACGGUUUGACCAAUCACAGUGAGUUACAUUUUUGAAUUCGUUCCCAGAGGGUGGAGAUUUUAUCUUGUCGCCAUAUUGUGUGCGGCUGUGAGUUCUGGGUGUGAAUAAUUUUGAUAAUACAAGUGUUACUUGCAGUCUUCUUUUAUUGGAUUAAUCAUUCUAAAAGCUCAGGGGCAGCAUGGGAGCUAAGCAGAGCAAGCGCUCGGUGGACAUCAGCGGCAAGGAGGCCGACGGCGCCGGCGAGGUGGCCGCGGCGGGGGCGGGGGGCGAAGGCCGAGUGGAGGCCCUGGCAGACGCCGACGUCAAGCCCCAGCUCAACGGCGAUGCGCACAUCACAGAGACUACAGAGAAGGAGAAGCAAAUAGACAACGGAACGGCCGAAAACGAAAAGGACGCGACCACCGAGAAGGAGAACAAGGAACAGGACGAGGAAAAGAAGGAGGCGCCCGUGACCAACGGCGACACCGAACCCAAACCCGAGAGUGGCGAGACUCCCUCCCCCGAGGACAACAAAAAACCCAAGAAGGAGAAGGUCAAAAAGAAAUGGUCGCUGCGGUCGAUCAGUUUCAGUAGAAAAGACAAACCGAAGCAAGAGAAAAAGCAAAAAGACGAGGACAAAACUAACGGCGAGCCGGAGAAAGUUCCCGAGGAGAGCGCAGAAACUGUUGCCGAAACCGAGAAGAAUGAAGCGGCUCCCGAAACCACUACACCGGAAGCUAAAGAAGACAAAACCCCCGAAACUCCAGUUACAGAGCCCCUCACUAACGGAAGCAGUACACCUGAGACACCGAAAGUAGAAACACCCGCAGAGAAAACGGUUGAACCUAAAACCGAAAUCGCGAAGCCCGAAGCGAAAGUCGAACCAGAGCAGUUGCCAGUCAAUGGUUUAUCUUUGGAAGAAACCCCAAAAAAUGAUUCCGAAUCAGAUAAAACCGAAUCCAGCAAACCCGAGGAAAUUAAAGCUGAACCGAUCGUCCCAGCUACUGAGAUUCCCGUGAAAAACGAGGUUUGUGUUGAACAAAUGCCUUUAAUAGAGCCUACGCCUCCACCACUCCCCGCUACUCCUCCUCCUUCGUCUGUGGCCUCCUUCGCCGCUACCACUAUGGCACCAGAACUGACUGAUGCUUCACUCGCUAAUACUGCUCACGUCGUACCCGAUACGACCGCCGUCCCAGACACUAAUACAGACACAGAAAUUGUUAACUUUGCACCGGAACCGACCUUCACACCCAAAGAAGUCACUGAAGAUAACGAAACUAUAAAGGAGACUACAGUUGUGCCAGACAGUUGCCCGCUCGAAGAAGAAAAAAAUGGUGACGAAACGUCCGCACAAACGACCGAACCAGAGAAAUUGAAUAAUCACGAGGACACCGAAAUACAUGAAAAUGAAAAGCCAUGCCUGAUCACGGAUAACGACAAAGAGGCAGAAAUUUUACCGCCCCCACCGGAAGAGAAGGAAACAGAUAUUUUACCCCCACCACCUGCAGAGCUAGUGAACGAUAACUCCAUUGAUAAUGCCGAGGACAACAAAGACGAUGAAAUCAAAAAUGAAGUACCCACGGAAAUAAAAGCUAGCGAAAAUGACUACACCGACAUCGAAAACCUUAAAAACAAAGCCAAAGAUUUACAGAUUAAUUCAGUCGCCGCUCCCGAACAAAACGGUGAUAUUGAAAUAGAGCCCGUAGUAAUGAAUGGAGAUUCGGAAGUCGACGGGCACACGGAUUCCCCGAAGCCCGUAGCGACCCCCGAAGACUCGAUGCCCCCGUCGCUGUCCGAGACGAUGGAAUCUUUACCCCCGCAAGGCGGCGACUUCGCUAGCAAUGAUGUGUCGGAGUCGUUCCCGGAGCCCCCGAGCGAUAAUAACUGUCCGUCCGAGACAGAGAUCACGCAACCUGGCACCCCAGAGCGAAACGGCGAAGCGCCCUCAGACCCGACACAGGAUACUCUAUUAACGUCCGACAAGAUGGCCGAUUUAAUACCAGAGGUCCCCGUGAUUCCCGAGCUCAAUUCUGAAUCGGUGACUGCAACCGAUGUGGAAGUAGCAAAUUAAAGAUGCACCACCGACGGCCACAGUACGAGCAUCGCGAGACUCCGUGUAUGAGCCUUUAUUUAUUACGUCGAGCCGAGCGGCGCGCGGGCCGGGCGGACGGCGCGGCCCGCUCCCGCCGGCGGCCGGGUUUCAGUUGCCGCGUACGUGGAUGAGUUAUGUGACCUUAUAUAUAGAACGAUUGUAGUUUAAGUUUAGCGUGCUUUGCUUCUGUAAAAUUAAGGUUCUAUAUUAUGUUCUAAAUUCGCUAGAAUCGAUCUUUUAUAUUAUACGAUAACAAAGUUACGUAGGCAGUAUACGGUGCGAUAAGUUGGUGCCAUUAUUACAGGGGUAUUAGAUGUGGCGUUUGGCGUAUAUAUCUCUCUCUCUCUCUCUCAUAGUUUGCUAAUACGUUAUUAUGUGCGUGUCGUUUACGAUCUUUUGAUUGGUUUAUAAGAAUUAUAUUGAAUUGAAUAUGAAUAUUAUUGUAAACUUUCGUGACAUUAUUGUAGCACGGCGGUUGCUAUCGGUGGCAUCUUAUUAAUAAAUUAUGUCGUAAGUAAUUCAAUCUUUAGGUUAAAUAACGUUUGAACUCUGUGUAAUGUCUGUAGCUCUGUACUACUAUUGUCCGGGCCGAAAAAUGCCUCGUUUUUCUCAAAUUUGAAUAUUCCCAGCUGUUAGAAAUGAGUCUAAUAUAUACUGGAAAUAUUAAAAGUUCGAACGCAAGAUUUUUGAAAUCUUUGUCGAUUUCGUUUGAAAUUAACAUACAAUUUGAUAUCAUAUAAGCACAUAAUCUAAUAUUUCAUGGACAUAUUUCAUGAGUUUAGGCUUAAAUAUUAUAUGACUAUUAUGUAUAUAUGAAAAACAUUCAUACAUUUCAAAAUUUUCCUUCGUUUAUGUUAAUAAUGAGAAUAUUUGUAUAUUGUUAUAAAUUAUGUAAUGCACACAAAUAUUUUAUUACUAAUUGAUAUUAUCAGUUUUAAUCAUAUUUUACUCGUAAUUCGUAAUUAUAAUUUAUGAAAUGUAAAAAUUUUAGUUCUUUAGCUGUCUCUGCAACAAAACAAAAUCAUCAACAUUUAGAAGUAUGAGUUUAGUUGGAGUAAAACAUUUGCAUUGCAAAAAAGGAACAUCAUACAUAAGGGUCUCCAUACUCUCGAACGAAGAGUGAAUUUAUUAAUAAUGGACUUUGUAUCAGUGGCCAAGUUUUUUGAUUAAUGUAUACUAUUUUUACGAAUAUACAAACAUACAAUUUGAUUAUAUUGUACUAUUUAGACGUGUAGUAUUUGUAACAUGUUAGUGGCUCCUACUGCUAGUGUAUGUUUUGAACCUCAUACAUAUUAGGCAAUUAAAUUUACGUAGGGUUUGAUAUUAUUAUACAGGUAUUGAUAUUUUUGAUGUCCAUUGUGAUGAUUUCCACAAUCUUUUUUUGUAAUUUUAUACAUUUUUAUGAAAUUUAAAGUGACACAUCUGCAUAGAGGGGGGUAACUCCUUUAUAAAUUAGCAGUAUACAAGUGAGACAUUCCAUAUCUAUAGUAAUUCCGCUAUUACAACAGUAAAUAUUAUAUGUUUAGCGUACCCUAAAACUUUGUACUGAACAGCGGUACGGCUUUAAAUAUUACGUUUAAAGCUAACAACAAUUUACUAACAUUAGUAGUAAGCCGUCAGCAAGAAUACUUUGCUCGCAUUUUUGUCCAUGAUAUUUUUUCCAUGUAAUAAAAGUACUUGGAUAGUCAAAGAAUUUAUACAAUUACUGUAAAAAAGUAGAAGCAUGCAUAAUUUAUCCUCAAGAUACAUUACGCAUAAAUAAUAACCAUAUUAUAAUUACGAUAUUAUUACAAUUUAUUGACUGAGAUGUGAAAAGGCUAACAUUAGGACUAAAACAAACCCACCUUGAGGCUUGUCACCUUUUUAAAAAUUGCUUAGUCGUCGCAGAAGUGACACAGAUUUCUUUGCUCACUUAUAACAAUAUGUAAUUAUGUAUAUGAUUUUUAAAUGUACUUUAAUUAUAGCGUUUAUAUUUUUUUUAUGAAGUCGAUGUGUGAAUGUCUCGUAAUCAAUAAAAUUUUAAACAUCA